GGCUGGGCUCACACCAGCUGCCUUUCCACCACAGGAGUGCAGAUGCCUGCCCAGCUGGGGCGCAGAGCUCAAGCUGCCCUUAGGGAUGGCUGAAGGAGGGCACACCUGGACACGGCUCCCUCCCUGCCCCUCCAGGCAGGGUGCACCGAGGAGGCUGUCAGGAGAGGAAUGAGCCUGGAGUGAGCGAUCCACCGGCUCUCCGGCACUUGGAGAGCAGCAGCAGGCAAGGAUGGACGUGGUCGACAGCCUUCUCGUGAAUGGGAGCAACGUCGCUCCCCUCUGCGAACUGGGGCUCGACAACGGGACGCUGUUCUGCUUGGAUCAGCCCCGGCGCUCCAAAGAGUGGCAGCCGGCAGUACAGAUUUUCCUGUACUCCUUGAUAUUCCUGCUCAGCGUGCUGGGGAACACGCUGGUCAUCACCGUGCUGAUCCGGAACAAGAGGAUGAGGACCGUCACCAACAUCUUCCUGUUGUCCCUGGCUGUCAGCGACCUCAUGCUCUGCCUCUUCUGCAUGCCCUUCAACCUCAUCCCCAACCUGCUCAAGGAUUUCAUCUUCGGGAGUGCUGUCUGCAAGACCACCACCUACUUCAUGGGCACCUCUGUGAGUGUUUCCACCUUUAAUCUGGUGGCCAUAUCUCUGGAGAGAUAUGGUGCAAUUUGCAGGCCCUUACAGUCCCGCGUUUGGCAGACGAAAUCCCACGCUCUGAAGGUGAUUGCUGCUACCUGGUGCCUCUCCUUUACCAUCAUGACUCCGUACCCCAUUUAUAGCAACUUGGUGCCUUUUACCAAAAAUAACAACCAGACCGCAAAUAUGUGCCGCUUCCUACUGCCAAAUGAUGUUAUGCAGCAGUCCUGGCACACGUUCCUGCUGCUCAUCCUGUUUCUUAUUCCUGGAAUUGUGAUGAUGGUGGCAUACGGAUUAAUCUCUUUGGAACUCUAUCAAGGAAUAAAAUUUGAUGCUAGCCAGAAGAAAUCUGCUAAAGAGAGGAAACCGAGCACGGGCAGUGGCAGCCGAUUCGAGGACAGCGACGGCUGCUACCUGCAGAAGUCCCGGUCCCCGAGGAGGCUGGAGCUCCAGCAGCUGUCCACCCGCAGCGGCAGCGGCAGGCUCCACCGCGUCCGGAGCAGCAGCUCGGCCGCCAACCUGAUGGCCAAGAAGCGGGUCAUCCGCAUGCUCAUGGUCAUCGUGGUCCUCUUCUUCCUGUGCUGGAUGCCCAUCUUCAGCGCCAACGCCUGGCGGGCCUAUGACACCACCUCUGCCGAGCGCCACCUCUCAGGGACCCCCAUCUCCUUCAUCCUCCUGCUCUCCUACACCUCCUCCUGUGUGAACCCCAUCAUCUACUGCUUCAUGAACAAACGGUUCCGCCUCGGCUUCAUGGCCACCUUUCCCUGCUGCCCCAACCCGGGGCCCCCGGGGGCGAGAGGAGAGGUGGGAGAGGAGGAGGAAGGCAGGACCUCGGGGGCGUCCCUGUCCAGGUACUCCUACAGCCACAUGAGCGCCUCUGCUGCACCCCGGUGAGCGGCCCGCCCUCCACUGCCCUGGAAGGAGGGGGCCAGGGAGCGGGAGGAGGAGGGAAGUGCAGCAGGCAGGCCCCAUGUCCUAUGGAAGCCUUCCCUGGAUGCUUUUCAUCCUUCCUCCAGUUCCAGAAGGAGAUGCACUGGCGGGGGAGGGGGACCCUGACUUGGUUUCCAGUUAGGUCAAGGCAAGACAUUCCCAGUAACAUUCACCAUCAGAAAGCCUCAGCAAGCUGGUGGGAGUCCCCCAGGUUCAGGCUGCAAAUGUAAUUACCAAGCACCUGUUCAAAGUGGAGAUUCAGACCCUGCUGAGCUUCAGAAGGUUCUGGAACACCCAAGGUGGGUUCUUGCUUCUGGUAGUGAUACUUCUAUUCUCUGUUUCUUCUGCUACUGAAGAGCGGUGAAAGCUCCUUGCCCCCAGGGAGUACCCUGGGCUUUCACUACAUACAGUAACCUCCACCAAGAGAAGAAAGCAGACCUCCUCUGACCAUUUUUGUAGGAAGAGAACAAUAUGAUUUUUUUUUUUUUCAUCUUGAAGUUACUCAGGACAGAGGCCCAUGUUGUCAUCAGAGGAGCAAAAAGAAUGUUUUCUGAAACACAGAAUUCAGAGCUCAUGUUUCCACAAAGAGAAGAGAGUACAAGGAAAUAGCCAGAUGGAAUGUGAUCUUACCAUACAGAAUGUUGAGCAGCAGAAGGUGCAUAGGAUGUUUUUGCUACUUUCGUGAUAUAGAUUGCUUAACUUCUCCUUUAUGUGGUAAUUUAACAUCAUAAUUUCUUUGCCUUCACUAAUUUUUCAUAUUCAUCUACACUUCCUCUUCCAGAAAGACUUUCCAGGUACAGGAGAAUUGUAAGGCCAAGGGUAAAAAUGUCUAUAGUCAAGCCCCCAAAGCAGACUCAUCAUAAUUGGAGGUAGUCAGCAAACAGCUUUUGAAUGCCAACACUGUCUAUGUUUCUAAAUGCAACUUGCUAAUAACCAGUUAAUUGUAUGUGUGUAUAUACAUUGGACAUAUAAUCAUGGUCUUUACAUAUAAGGAAACUCUUUGUUGUUUAAAAAUAGAAUUAUUAAUGGAUGUUGGAAUUCAGCUAGUAUUAAUCAUUUUAUUAUCCUUCAUGUGAACUUGUUCUUGGCAAAGUUAAUGUUGAAACCUCUCUCCUCUAAGAAAUAUCAAUUUAAAACAAGAUGUGCAUUACACACUCAGAUACCAAGAAGUGCAUUUCUAGAAUAGUAUGUACCAGUCUAGUCUACCAGCACUGCUUUGUUUUUCUUUUAAGAGUAACCUUGUCCUCUUUGUUUAGAUAAAUUAAUAUGGACAUAUUUUAAAAAAAUGCAGACCACUUUGACAGAAGUAUGCUUGCAUGCUAGCAUGGGAAGUAAACAAGUACACAAAUUUUAAAAAAGGAAGUCCCCAGCUUCACGCCUCCAAGUAUCUGAGAAGAAGUGAGCUUGUCUUUUGCUUCUUCUUUCAGGGGCCAUAACCAAACACUGAUCCAGGCCUGAUGCUCUGGGUGGUAUAGGGUGAGGGAUUUCUAUUGUCAAAAAAAAAGGUGGAAGGGGAACUGAAGAGCGUGACAAGAAGUGAUGGGUAAAGGACAUUGUAGAAUUUGGCAAAAUGUGAGCACUGCUUUUGCUUAAUAGCCGGUAAUCUACAUGAGGGUUUUUAAGCUACAGCAUUCCUUCCUCUGACCACAGUCUUAAAGAUUUCAAGUAAAAGUUCAAUCAACUAAAAUGUGCACUGCUAAAAUAGUAAUGAUAAAAGGCCUAAAAAAUAAAAAUAGCUCCAAUAUUUGAGUAUGUCCUACACUAGCUACAAUUUUCCUGUGAGAAGAAUAAGUCUUCUCCUCUGGCAGUAAUUAGCAUAUAAAUGAAGAUAAAUUAGUAAUCCCCCACUAUUGGAAACCUCUGGAAGUUCCAAAGAUAUGUUAUCCUGAAAAUAAAGUUCCCAGAUUUAGCUAAUAAAAAUACAGAUGCACAGCUAAAUUCUAAUAGAUAAGCAAUCAGUAGUUCUUAGCAUGAGUAUGUUCCAUGCACUAAAAUACAUCUUGCAUUUUAUAUAGCAAUGCUACCCUGAAAACUUUGAAAAAACAUGUAAAAAAAUAUAUAUAUAUAAGAUUCCCAACAUAAAUUAAUUUAUUGGUAGGUCUUUCGCUUAAGGGAAGCUUUUUUGUACAAAGAGGGAAAAAAGCUAUUAACUUUCAGAAUCUGAUCUUUGGAAAGGUUUGUUUUGCUGAUUAAAACUUUUUUAAUAUAAUGCUCCUCUCAUACUUUGCUUACUGCCUCUAUUCCAAGCUAAAGUAGUUUACUAAUUUGACUUUAAACUGAAUCGGCCAAUAGAGUUAAGAAAACAAGUACAUCAAUUUUAUGGUAUUUUUCCAGUGUCUUUGGUACUUUCCUUCAUCACCGGAGUGGUGAGUUAGAGCACUGGAAUGGAGAGUUGUGUCUCUGCUCUUUAAUUAAAUUGUGUGUCUCAGUGACUUCUUGUGCUCCAGUCACCGUGGUAACCUCUCCUAACAUACUUUUGGGGGUAAAAAGAGCAGUGCCUGGAUUUCCAGAGCUUGGUUACACAUGUCCCUGUAUGCUUAAUAGUGUCUGCUCCGUUCAAGCAAAAUGUGAUCCCCAUGAAAUGAGUGAUGAGUUGAGCCUCCGUUGUACUUCCCUCCUGUGUUUUGCCAGUAAAUGCAUACAGUAAGUGUUCAAUAAAUGUAGUGACUACUGUCACUCCUCCUGUG